CUAGUUCCGCCCACAUCCCAGCUUGCAUAGCGUUUCGCCGAUCUUCCUGGCUGGAUGUGCGGGUAGCGGCUCUGUACUGGUGGCUGCAGAGGACUGUCUAUAGUAUGGCUGCCGCGACCAUAGUGCAUGAUGUAUCUGAAGCUGUGGAACUGUGUCAUCUGCAUGGCCUUUAUCUAAAGCCCAUCUCAAAAAUGAUCAUCAGCGUGGCGCUGCCUCAACUGAAGCAGCCUGGAAAAUCUAUCUCAAACUGGGAAGUGAUGGAACGGCUUAAGGGCAUGGUGACCAACCACCAGUUCUCCACGCUGCGCAUUUCCAAAAGCACCAUGGACUUCAUCCGCUUUGAGGGAGAGGUUGAGAACAAGAGCUUGGUGAAAGCUUUCAUAGCAGCUUUGGAUGGUAAAAGUAUAAAGCUAAGUGGCUUCUCUGAUAUUCUAAAAGUCAGAGCAGCCGAAUAUAAAAUAGACUUCCCCUCAAGACAUGACUGGGACUGCUUCUUCCGAGAUGCAGCAGACAUGAAUGAAAACUCACCCGGAGAAAGACCUGACACCAUUCAUCUAGAAGGCCUUCCUUGCAAGUGGUUUGCUUCGAAAGAUUCUGGCUCUGAGAAACCAAAUGAAGAAGUCCUUGUAAAGGUUUUCAGUAUGUUUGGUGAGAUUAGGAAUGUCGAUAUCCCCAUGCUUGACCCGUACAGAGAGGAAAUGACUGGUAGGAACUUCCAUACUUUUAGUUUUGGUGGGCACUUAAACUUUGAAGCAUAUGUCCAAUACAAGGAGUAUGUUGGCUUUGUGAAGGCAAUGAAUGCUCUGCGCGGUAUGAAGCUUAUGCAUAAAGGUGAAGAUGGAAAAGCUGUGGCUUGUAAUAUAAAGGUCUCAUUUGACACAACCAAGCACCUGAGUGAGGCAUCUAUUAAAAAAAGACAGCUCGAGCGUCAGAAAUUACAAGAACUAGAACAGAAGCGAGAGGAACAAAAGAGAAAAGAGAAGGAAGCCGAAGAGAGGCAAAAAGAGGAGGAACGCAAACAAAAAGAAAUGGAAGAGUUGGAGAAGGAGAAGAAACGUAAGGAUAAGAUAAAAAGGAAGGAGGAGAAGCAGAGAGAGCGGGAAGCUCGCAAGAACAAGAAAAAAUUACAAAAAAUACAGGCAGAGGAGCAAAAGAGAUUGCAGGAGAAAAUCCGAUUUGAGGAGCGAAGGCUUUUGCUGGCUCAGAGGAAUUUACAGUCCAUCAGGUUAAUUGUGGAGCUUCUAAGCAGAGUGAAGGCUGCAAAGAUACGUGAGCAGGAGGAGAAGGAAGCGGAGAGAAUUCGUCUCAUGCAGCUGGAAGAACGGAGAAGACAACAGGAGGCAGAACUUAGGCGAGUUGAAGAGGAGAAACAACGAACCCUGAGUUUACACCGGAAGGAGAAAGAGUUAAGAGAAAAGUUGCUGAACAGUCUUCUCAACAGGAACAUGUGCUCUGCCUCUCAAAUUAAAGAAGACCCUAAACCUCAGCAGAUUUACCCUCUAAAGCCCAGUGAAAACCUCCCUCGUGACUCCCCUAUGAACUAUGUCACAUCUACCUCAACGCAAACACAACCAGACUACGAGCCACACAGGCCUUACCUCCACUAUGCAAAUUCAACCCUUCAUGCAGCAAAUGGAGUGUGUGUAGAAGACUCCCGACUCCAGGAAUACAAACAGAUGAAUAUCAUUAAUGCAGGACGACCCCUCUAUUCACUCACCAGCAUUCUAGGCAAUAAGGUGCAUCAUGACAAUUCAACAAAUAAGGAUUCAGGUUUACAAUUAAAGGAAAGUGGAACGUGUCCAAGUAAUGCUGAGACAGAUGACACUCAUAGACAGUCAAAAACAAGCAAGUAUAGCCAGGACACAAAGCACAAGCAUAAGACUAAAAACAAACGGGACUUGAGUAGAGAGGAGGAUGAUCGCAGAAAGGUGAAAAAAUCCCACAAAAAGCAUUCCUCUAGAGAUUACAGCCCGCAGAGUAGUGUCAGUGCAGAAAGAAGCAAAAACAAAGGGAGAGAAAAGGUUAGGUACAGUCAUAAAGACAAGAGGCACCACCGCAGAUCAUACAGCAAAGAAAGGCGAUCCUGGAGUAGUUAAACCUGCUAUGUCUUCAACAUAUGGUCCAGAUGGUUGUUUAUUUAAAUGUACUUAGAGUAAUAUGGCAGGGAGAGAUGGUGUGCUUUGGGCAUUGCCAGGCCUCUGCCUGUAUAAAGGCAUUUUGCCACCAUGAACACUUAUUUUCCAUACACAGGAUAGAAAAUAAGUGAUUGUAAUGAGUCCGACUGCUGGGACCUAUGUGAUAUAGAGCUCAGGACUCUUUGCAUUGAAAAUACUAGAUUGCAAAUUGUUGCCUAUACGAGUGCCAAAUAAUUGUCCAUGGUGGCAAUACCACUUUAACUUUCAGCUGACGACUGGAUAUCUGGUUGCUAAAAAGUCUGAUGGUAAAAGGCUUCAACCAUGGCUGGCCAGUUAUUUUGCUCAAAGCUUGAUUGACAAUGCCAUCACAGCUUUCCAUAUUAGUUAGUAUGUUCUUUGGUCUGAGAGAACUGUACGUAUCGAUGAUCAAUUGUCUCCCCUCCUUUCUGCUUCUGAAUAUUUUUAUUUUAUUUUUUUUAAAGGAAAGGUCCAUUUCCGUCUCUUCAGGGACAUUUCAGGGGUAAUUUUUCUAAUACUUAAAGAAUCCAGUUUUUAUCUGCUAGUGGUUUUUGAGACCACAUAGGAUUGCUAAACUAGGUUUCAGUUCUGGUUAAUAAAAUAUUUAUUUUUCUUUUAUG